AUGACAUGCAUGCAUAAAUACGAGCCACCCUACCACCAGUUGAUCAUGAGCUCAUCACUCUCUUUACAUUUACAAUUCAAUCUCUAGCUAGCUAGAAUACUCUAGCAGUCGAGCCUUGAGGUUGAUCGACGAUGGGGUUCGUAUCGUUGCUGGUGGUGGCAUUGAUGCCGGUGGUGGAGGUGCUCCUGGUGGUCCUCCUUGGCGCCUAUCUCGCCUCCGGCCGGUGCAACCUCCUCACCGCGGCCGCCCGCGCCGACAUCAACCGCGUCGUCUACGCCGUCUUCACGCCCGCGCUCAUGCUCGCCAGCCUCGCCAGGACCGUCACGCUCCAGGACGCCAUUUCAUGGUGGUUCAUGCCAGUGAACAUCGGGAUCAUCUUCCUGACCGGCGGCGUCCUCGGGUGGGUGGUGGUGCUCCUGCUGAGGCCGCCGCAGCACCUCCGGGGGCUGGUCGUCGCCUCCUGCUCAGCCGCGAACUUUGGAAACUUGCUGCUCAUCGUGAUACCGGCGGUUUGCCGGGAGGACGGCAACCCCUUUGGCAGCGGCGACGUAUGCACUGACCGAGGCCUCUCCUACGCCUCAUUCUCCAUGGCGCUUGGAGGACUGUACAUCUGGACACACACGAACAGCGUGAUGAAGAGGUCCAGCGAGCUGUACCGCAAGACCAUGAUCACACACGAUGUUCAUGAUCCCAAGGACUAUUUAGUGAGGUCAGAUGAAGAGCCCUGCAGGAAACAAGACGCCGAGGAAGACGACGGCGAUGAGGAGGAGGGGGACGUUGUCUCGCUACCAUCGGAGAGCAGCUCUGGCGUCCAUGAGAAGUUACUGGCGCCGUUGCCAACUACUGGUGACCACCAACGUUCCGGUUGCAGCAAUAACACGAGCGGCAACAGCAUGUGGGACAAGCUGAAACAUGGCGCCCACCAGAUCGUUGAGGAGCUCACCGCGCCGCCUACUGUCGGUGCGGUGCUAGGCUUCAUUGUUGGGGUAGUGCCAUGGCUGAGAUCUACAUUUGUCGGCAACGACGCCCCCCUGCGGGUUGUGCAAGACUCGCUCAAACUACUUGGAGAUGCCGCCGUACCCUGUGUCACCCUCAUCCUCGGUGGAAACCUCACUAAAGGCGUGCGCAAGACGACGGUGUCGCGGUGGGUGAUCGCGGCGAUCAUCUGCGUUCGGUACGUGAUCCUGCCCAUGGUCGGGGUGGUGGUGAUCAAGUCGGCGCGCACACUCGGCUUCCUGCCGCCGGACCCGCUGUACCAGUACGUGCUGAUGCUCCAGUUUGCCCUGCCUCCCGCGAUGAGCAUCGGCACCAUGGCCCAGCUCUACGACGUCGCCCAAGAGGAGUGCUCCGUCAUCUUCCUGUGGACAUACCUCAUGGCCGCCCUUGCGCUCACCGCCUGGUCCACCGUCUUCAUGUUAAUCCUCGCGGCCUAGACAUCCGAAAUUCAACCUGGCUUUGCUGCCACCAACAUGUAGUUUGUCUAUGGUUUUUUUUCUUCAAAAAAACCGGAUCUCUACCUACAUUUAUGAGGUCACCAAUCUGAAAGCAACAAUAUUUCAUAGGAUGAUCAUACAAUUACGGAUGUAAAGUACUAUUAAUCAACCAUGGAGAAUACCAGUGGUGGAUCUAGGAUUUUACGUUAGGGUGGGACAACUACACAAUUUUUUUCCAAUA